AUAAGGAAAACCUGGCAUACUGGACACUGUAGAAGUCAACUGGCGUUAGCUAGCUAACUCCAGAAGAUGGCAGUAGUACAACAGUGAGGACGCAAGCUGUCGUUAAAUCCCAAAUAACAAGAAGAAGGAGAAGAAGCAGAAGCAGCAGAAGCAGCUGCUUUUCAGUCUAGUUGUUUUCGUCGUUGAAUUUUCAAAAUGAAACACAACUCCAACGUCCCGGCUUUCCUCGCCAAGCUGUGGACGCUUGUCGAGGAUGCAGACACCAAUGAAUUUAUUUGCUGGAGUCAGGAGGGCAACAGUUUCCUGGUGUUGGACGAGCAGCAUUUUGCCAAGGAGAUCCUCCCCAAGUUCUUUAAGCACAACAACAUGGCCAGUUUCAUCAGGCAGCUCAACAUGUAUGGAUUUCGUAAAGUGAUGCACAUUGACACAGGCAUUGUGAAACAGGAGAGAGAUGGUCCAGUGGAGUUCCAGCACCCCUACUUCAAACAUGGACAGGACAACCUGCUGGAGAACAUCAAACGGAAGGUUUCCAACACUCGGCCAGAGGACAACAAGAUUCGACAGGAAGACCUGUCAAAGGUCUUGGAGAGUGUUCGCAGUGUUAACAGCAAACAAGAGAACAUCGACAUCAGACUGGCAACACUCAAGAGGGAGAAUGAAGCUCUGUGGAGGGAGAUCGCCGAUCUGAGAAAGAUACAUGUCCACCAACAACAGCUCAUUAAAAAGCUGAUACACUUCAUCUUCACAUUGGUACAGAACAACCGCAUCCUGAAUUUAAAACGCAAGAGGCCAGUUCUUAUGAACAGCAAUGGAAAGAAGUCCAAAUACAUCCAUCAGAUCUAUGAUGAAAAAGUGUGUGUGGAACAGUCCUCAGUCAACAGUCUGAACGGUAUGAAGGGCUCCGAGAUACCUGAUGAAGUUAUCAUCUGCGACUUGACUGAGAGUGAUGGCGAGGUCACAGAGGGUUCACCCAGAGCCUACGAACAAGGUGAUAUAGAAAUCGUGGAGGUAGAGCUGGACAGCUGUGCAGUGCUGCCAGCUGAGACGGAGGUGAGCACCACCAGCACAGAUGACAUGAAACAGACAGACGCUGGUGUGUCAGCGGCAGCAGACAGCAGCCAGCGGAGCAGCACUUUAGACAGCAUUGGACCACACAGCAGUGCCCUGCAGCUCAAUAAACCCUCGGGCCUGAGUCUGGAGGACCCUGUCAAGAUGAUGGACUCCAUAUUGAACGAGAACGGAGCAAUAUCACAGAACAUCAACCUGCUGGGCAAGAUGGAGCUGAUGGACUAUCUGGACAGCAUUGACUGCAGCCUGGAGGACUUCCAGGCCAUGCUCUAUGGAAAACAGUUUGGCAUGGACUUUGAUGCCCACGAGGAGAGUGUGUCCUCCAAAGAGAACUCCUCACAGCUAAACCGAGGCAAGAGAGAGGAAGUCAACCCAGACAAGCAGUUGAUCCAGUACACCUCUUGUCCCCUGCUGGCCUUCCUCGAUGGCUGCAAUCCUCACCCAGAGCUGGACCUGGGAAGCGGCGGCGGCAGCAGCAGCGACAGCGAGGGCUCCUAUAACGCCCACCUCCAGCCCUCUUCCAGCCCCGGUGCUCCUGUGGAGGCCGAGCCGCCCUCAGAGCUGCUGGACGCCAGCCUGGACCCAAAGCAGCCGUCCUGCAGCUCCCUGAUCCGCCUGGAGCCGCUGACGGAGGCGGAGGCCAGCGCCGAGACGCUCCUCUACCUGUGCGAACUGAGUCCCGCCGGAGCGGAGGCCGACGCCACCCUGCUGGACAGAGUGUGAGCGGGAAGGCGACAGGUGUGGUCCCUCCAUCCUCCAGACAGGGACUGGCGUGUGUUAGUAUCCCCUCACCUCUUCAGGCCUGAGCUUUGUGUUUGUUGAGAAGCAGUUAGAGAAGAAAGCAACAGAAUAGCCGCCGUCGGUACCAUGUACACAUUUAACGUUAAAGGCCUUUGGAUGAAGAUAACAUUUGAGUUCCAGAAGUAAGACCCAUUUUCAUUAAAUAUGUUAAUAAUAGUUUCACAACUUAUGUUAUUUGUUAUGAGAAUCAUAACUCUGUCAAAACAGAACACACACAUCAAGCACGUACUUUACAAUAGUAUAUCUGUAUGUAGAAGAAAUGUCCAUAAACCUUAGAAAUCAUCUUUUCUUUUCUGUAUCAACAGUAAACCAACUGAUUGUUCUGACAUCAGGACUCACGGUGCGUUCCAGUUGAACUAGGAAGUCGGAAUUUUCAAACGUGUUGUCGGCAGCUUGUAUUGCUAACCAUGGCCGACCCGGACACUGACGUGCAUUCAUAUACACACAUCGACAGUCUGAUUUAUCUUAUGCCCCUGACACCGACCAGACGGCCGACCCUCGGCAGAAAAGGCAGUUGGACUGAUCAGUCUCCCCGAGUCGGUC